AAUUACUACUAUAACCCUGGUAAUCGUAACCCUACGCAAGUCUCACGCUGCGCCGCAGAGGGUUCGUUUCCAAACAAUUACAGACGCCACCGCCGACCAUUCAUCCAUCAAUCUCAUAGCCGCCGUUGCUACCUACUGUUGGAUUGCCUUCCAUUAUGGCUACUUUCGCCAGACCUGAGAAUGCCUUAAAGCGAGCUGAAGAGUUGAUCAAUGUGGGACAAAAGCAAGAAGCACUUGAGACUCUUCAUAGUUUUAUUACCUCGAGGAGGUAUAGAGCCUGGACAAAAACACAUGAAAAAAUAAUGUUCAAGUAUGUGGAACUGUGUGUUGACAUGAGGAGGGGAAGGCAUGCCAAGGAUGGACUUAUCCAAUACCGUGGUAUCUGCCAACAAGUCAACAUAACUUCGUUGGAGGAAGUGAUAAAGCAUUUCAUGCAGUUGGCCACCGAGAAAGCUGAGCUUGCACGUAGCCAAGCACAGGCCUUGGAAGAGGCUCUGGAUGUAGAUGACUUAGAAGCUGAUAAAAGGCCUGAAGAUCUGCUUCUAAGCUAUGUAAGCGGGGAAAAAGGUAAAGAUAGAUCAGACCGUGAGCUUGUUACUCCCUGGUUCAAAUUCUUGUGGGAGACCUAUAGAAGUGUUCUUGAAAUUCUCCGCAACAACUCAAGAUUGGAAGCCCUUUAUGCUAUGACUGCACAUCGCGCUUUUCAAUUUUGCAAACAAUACAAACGAACUACUGAGUUUCGAAGAUUAUGUGAAAUGAUCAGGAAUCACCUCGCAAACCUUAACAAAUACAGGGACCAGAGAGAUAGACCUGAUCUUACUCUACCUGAGAGUUUGCAGUUGUAUCUGGACACCAGAUUUGAGCAACUGAAAGUCGCUACCGAGCUCGAGCUUUGGCAGGAGGCGUUUCGAUCUAUUGAGGAUAUAUUUGGAUUGAUGUGCAUGGUUAAAAAAACACCUAAAUCUUCAUUGAUGGUUGUAUACUAUUCUAAGCUUUCAGAAAUUUUCUGGAUGUCAUUCAACCAUCUUUAUCAUGCUUAUGCGUGGCUUAAGCUUUUCUCACUUCAGAAAAGCUUUAACAAGAACCUGAAUCACAAGGACCUUCAGAUGAUAGCUUCAUCUGCUGUCCUAGCUGCACUUUCAGUACCCCUUUAUGAUCGCUCUUAUGGAGCGUCUCAUUUGGAGAUUGGAAAUGAGAAAGAACGAAAUUUUAGAGUAGCAAACCUUAUUGCAUUUGAUGUUGAGUCAAAACCAGAGAACAGAGAAGUGCUUUCCAGGUCGUCACUGCUCUUGGAUUUGGUGGCCAAAGGUGUUAUGAACUGUGUAACUCAGGAAGUGAAGGAUCUUUACCAUAUUUUGGAACAUGAAUUUCACCCUUUACACCUUGCACUGCAAGUACAACCCUUGUUAACAAAAAUUUCAAAGGUUGGAGGCAAACUUGCUUCUGCUUCCUCUGUUCCAGAAGUACAUCUGUCUCAGUAUGUUCCUUCUCUGGAGAAGCUUGCUACUCUUCGGUUACUUCAGCGGGUCUCAAAGGUGUAUCAGACUAUGACCAUUGAUAAUCUAUCGAAGAUAAUUCCAUUUUUUGAUUUCCCAAUGGUGGAGAAGAUCUCUGUUGAUGCAGUCAAAAAUAAUUUCUUGUCAAUGAAAGUGAAUUACAGCAAGGGUGCAAUUUUCUUUGGUAAUAAGAGUCUUGAAUCAGAAGGCAUACAAGAUCACCUAUCCACUCUUACUGAAUCCCUUAGCAAGUCCAGGGUCAUGAUCUGCCCUACUGGGAAGGGAAUCCCAAAAUUGGGGGAAUCACUUUCAGAUUUAGUAGAAGUAGUUGAAAAAGAGCACAAACGUCUGCUUGCACGCAAGUCAAUAAUUGAAAAGCGCAAAGAAGAACAAGAGCGUCAGCUGUUAGAGAUGGAACGUGAGGAGGAGGCAAAGAAGCUGAAAAUACAGAAAAUAACUGAAGAGGCAGAGCAGAAAAGGCUUGCUAUAGAAUUUGAGCAAAUGAAGAAUCAAAGAAUUCGCCGGGAAAUAGAGGAACGCGAGCUUGAGGAAGCCCAAGCAUUACUGCAGGAAGCGGAAAAGCGUGGAAAGAAGAAAGGAAAGAAACCAGUCUUAGAGGGGGAAAAAUUAACCAAGCAGUCUUUGAUGGAGCUAGCUGUUAGUGAGCAGCUCAGGGAGAAGCAAGAGAUGGAGAAAAGGCUACAGAAGCAUGGAAAAACAAUGGAUUAUUUGGAGAGAGCAAAAAGGGAAGAGGCUGCCCCGCUUAUAGAAGCUACAUUUCAGAAACGCCUAGAAGAUGAGAAAGUUCACCAUGAGCUUGAGCAGCAGCGAGAGGUUGAGUUAAGUAGGCAACGCCAUGCUGGAGAUCUAGAGGAGAAAAGAAGGCUGAGCAGGAUCUUGGAGAACAAGAACAUUUUCCAAGAACGAUUGCUAAAUUGUAGGAAAGCUGAACGCGACAGGCUUAGACAGGAAAGAGAAGAGAGGAUAAGCAACAUAAUCCAGUCGCGUAAAGAGGAAAGAGAAGCUAAGAGAAAAUUCAUAUAUUUCUUGAGAAUUGAGGAGGAGAGACAGAAAAGAUUGCGUGAAGAGGAGGCGGCUCGGAAACUUGAAGAGAUGGAGAGGCGAAAGAAAGAGGAAGCUGAACGAAAGGCCAAGCUGGAUGAAAUUGCUGAGAAGCAGAGGCAAAGAGAGAGAGAGCUGGAAGAAAAAGAAAGGCAGAGAAGGGAAGAGAUAUUGGGGAGGUCAGCUGCUGCUGUGCUACCGAAGACUGAUCUUUCUUCUGCACACCCUGUGGAGACUCCACCUACUGCUGUUCCAGCCGCAGCUGCAGCUGCACCUAUGCCUGGACCUGCCAAGUUUGUCCCGAGGUUCAGAAGAGCACCGGCUGAGGUUGGCCAAGCCCUACCUCCAGCCACUGACAAAUGGUCCAGUGGCAGCCGGACUGAACCUCCAGCUGGUGACAGAUGGCGGGAUGAUCGCAGGCCUGCUGCUUCUGGUGGCUCAAAGACUUGGCAAUCCUCUAGGGAGGAAAGAAGACGUUGAUUUGCUGCUCAUCUUGAGAUUUCGAUUCUCAAUUUUGAAUCAUGGAUUUGUAGGAUGAGAAUUUUUUGAGGUACGACUUGUGUACUUUUGUUCGCAUAAAGGCCGAAUAGACAUACAUUUGAGUCAGUCUUUGGUUUUCGGAUAAAAAAUUGAAUCAUUAUAUAUUGGGGUACGAUGUAAAGACACCCUUAACGUUUAAAGUGAUUCACAAGUUGAAGUAUGUCUUCACUGAUGGAAUA